AUGUUUCAUAAACAGUAUAUAGAGUAGGCUCACAACCAAAGUUUUUAGGUUUUGGAAGGCAAGGAAUAUCAUUUCUUAGGAGACAAGUUGGUGUUGAGUGAGAACUCAGAUGAAGAGGAGAUUAAGGAAUAGAAGAAGGAAUUUAAGGUGCUGCAGAAGACGAAGAAAAAACUGAAUUGGAGAAAGAGCAUGGGAUUGAUUUUGGUUUAGAGAAGAUCAAGUGCAUUGUCAUAUGUGGAAUUUAACUGGGUGAAAUUUUAAUUGCGUUUAAGAGGAUUAUUGAAAAAGAUGAUCAAAGGAUGUACUAUAGAAAAACCUUAUAUUUUAAGUCCUGAUGGGUCAGUGAAGAUGAUGUGGGAUUUAUUAUGUCUUGGAUUAGUGAUGUAUGAGAUGAUUAGUAUUCCUUUAUAAAUAAGUUUUGAGAUUGAUGUGAGUGUGGAAUUUUCAAGAGUUUCAACAGGAAUAUUUGCAUUUGACAUUAUCUUGAAUUUCAACACUGGGAUUUUUGAGGACGGUCUAUUAAAGAUGAAUAGGAAUGCGAUAAUAAAGGAUUAUGUUCAAUUUUGGUUUUGGGUUGACUUUACAACUACAUUCCCAUAUGAUAUAAUAUUGGAUGAAUUGCUGAAGUUUUUGAGAUUCAUAAAGAUAUUAAAAUUACUGAGAUUGGCCAAAUUGAAGAAGAUAAUGGAUAAAUUUAAUGAGAUACUCUAAUUGAAUUCAAUAUUGGCAGCAAUAUUAACAUUUGGCAAAUUGUUUUUGUUUGUGUUAUUUUUCGCACACCUUUUGGGUUGCAUAUUUCAUUUUACUGCAUAAUAGGAGGAUAAGAAUAAUUCAUGGUUGGGGGAUUUAUAUAAUAAGGAUUGGUAUAUAAGGUACAUAAAUUCAUUGUAUUGGGGAGUGACAACAAUGACAACAGUUGGAUAUGGAGAUAUAAGUCCAUUAAAUCCAACUGAAAGAUUUCUAGGUAUUUUUUUGUUAUUGAUUGCUUGUGGUGGUUUUGCAUUCACAAUGAAUUCAAUUGGGUUUGCAUUGUAAAAAAUAAGUGAAAAGUCAAGUCAAACUAAGGAUAAGUUAAGUUAAGUAAAUAAAUAUAUGAAAAAAGCCAAGAUUCCAGAGACACUUCAGAAUAAAAUUAGAAAGUAUUUGGAAUAUGUGUGGGAUAGGAACGGAGGAGUGGUGUUAUAAUAGAUUACUGGAGCUUUGUCAGUGGACUUAUCAAAAGAGUUGUAAGAAUAGGUGAAUGGUAAAUUAUUUGGUUAUUUGGAUAUCUUUUGGUCAAAUCAUUCCUACGACUUCUUGGUAUUGUAAGUGAUGCCCAUAAUGAAGGAGAAAGUGUUCUGUCCUUAGGAAAUCAUUUUUGAUGAAUCUGAAUAUGAAUCAUAUGACAUAUUCAUGAUACAAUCUGGAGAAGUGGACAUUUAUUUCCAGAAAACAAAUAUCUCUGUUGAUAAGAAAGGCAAGAAUGAAUUCUUUGGAGAAAUCAGUUUCUAUUCUGCUCAAAAGCGAACUGCUAGUGCUAAGAGUGUAGAUUUCUGUAAUAUUUUCAUAAUAAAUUCAAUUGAUUUUCUGAAAUUAGCAAGAUCAUAUAGUAAUGACGUUCAAACUUACUUUAAAAUCAGACACAAAAUAGUCUUUGAUAAAGAUUAUAGCCCAAUAAGCAUAAGAUGUUAUAUGUGUUAGAUGGAUGAUCAUAUUGCCAGAGAUUGUCCAUCAUUGCACUUCUAAGUAUAGGCAUCACAUUAUUUAGCUUUCUUAUAAUAAGUAAAACAUGUCUAAUAGUCUUCCUUUGUAAGAAAGGACCGGUUGGAUUACAAUGCUCGAUUUCAUCACAAUCUCAUCUCUCGUAUUUAAGAUAAGUUCAUGAACACUGAAAAGAAGAUACAAUAUUACUAAGAACAUAAAUCUCAUAUGUUGAUAAGUAUUGAGUAAUCGGAAGUCCAAAGUAUAAAGACUGAGGAAGAUGAUUAUAAUGCUAUUAAUCAAAUCAAUAGAUUAGACAAUUUUGAUCGCAGAUUCAAAUCAUCAGUAAGAUUGAGACAUCGUAAAAGUGACAAUAGUUGUCUUAAAACUGAAUCCAUAGGUCGCAAAAUCAGAACUGCAGCCAAGGUUACAACAAUUAUUCGACGUGAUCCUAUGGGAAAACUAACUAUUUCAUGUGGAUCAGAGGACGAUCAAAUUGAUAAAGUGGCUUUGGACAGAAUAAAUAAAUAUUUAGAAGAUUUCCAUAAGAAGAUAUCAUUGUCACGCAAAAAGGAAUGGAAAGAAUUCUCAUCCAUCCCUAAUUUUGAAAAAUAUCAUGAAUAUCAUAUCUAUUAUCCAGAAAGCAAUAUUUCUAAAAUUAUACCCCAAUAUUAAAAAUAGAAAGCCAAAAUUAUGACUGAUGUAUCCUUAAACUCUUAAACAUUCGGUGAAGAAGAACUCAUUGCUUAUGCACAAUAUUAUUGUUAUGACUUAGAAGCUGUAGCAAUCACUAAUUUCUUCAGUAAAACUUAAAAUAGAAAUUUAUUAAAUUAUGAAGAGUAAAGAAUCUCUAGGUUGGACAGAAGAACCAAAAAAUUGUAAAAUUUUAUCCGUAAACCUGCCAGAAUUAAAACAGCCCUUUUAGUACUCAAGGCUGUAAAGAGAUUAUCUAAAAGUUUAAAAAAUAUCCCUGUUAUAUGA